CUGCUGCUGCUGGAGAAAUAUUCACCGUGUUUCAACAAACUAUCGUCCAGUUCGAGGAGGAGAUUUUUCGACAGAGGAAACUUCUGGAAAUCAAGCGGAAAUCUCAAAUCAGCGGAGACAGAACAGGUGGGUGGCUUUACACCAUUUUCACCUCAUUUGCUCAUAUUUGCGUCUCCUGAGAGCCGUCUAAAAGAGAGUCCACAGCAACACAUUGGUCACCAGAAGACGAGCUCCAGUCUGGAGCAGGAGGAACAUGAAGCUCCACACAUUAAAGAGGAGGAGGAUGUUGUUGAGGUGACUGUUACUGAUGGUGAAGGAGACGAUUCCCACCACUCUGUGAGAGACUUGACCACCCAGAGACUAACUGCUGCUGCUGAGGAGAUAUUCACCCUGUUUCAACAAGCUGUGGUUCAGUACGAGGAGGAGAUUGGUCGUCAACGCAGAAUGCUGGAAAUCAACUGGAAUCCUCAAAUCAAGUUAACCAGAACAGAGCUCCAGCAGGACCAUGACUGCAGAGAGGAGCAGCUCUUUAAACAGGAAACAAGCUACUGUCUAGAACAGGACGAACCAGAACUUCCACAGAUCAGAGAAGAUGAAGAAGAACCAGCGCCUCUACAGAUAAAAGAAGAACAAGAAGAACCAGAACCUCCGCAGAUCAAAGAAGAAGAACCAGAACCUCCACAGAUCAAAGAGGAAGAAGAAGAAGAACCAGGACUUCAUCAGUUUAAGGAGGAGCAGGAGGAACCAGAAUCUUCACAGAUUGAGGAACACGAGAAACUUACCAGCCAGAAGGGAGAACCAUUUAUGCUGAAGUUUGAAAGUGAAACCUUUAAAGUUCUUUCUGUUGAGGAUCAAAGUGACCUGAGUGAACCAGGAGUACCAGAGACUGAGCAGUUCCUCUCUCAGGACUCUGAAGUCCACCAUGUGAAAAGACACACCGACUCAGAAUCAACUGGAAAUGCGAAGCUGAAAAAACUCAGCGUGUUUCAUAGAAACAGUGUGAACAGCUUUCAUGUUUCAGAGAAGCAGGCUGAAUGUGAAAAGCUUCUUUGUGAAGAAACAUGUGAGAAAACUGACCAUAAAAAACAUCAGUUAUGUCAGAAGGUUAAAAAGGUCACUGAUAAGAAGACGAUUUGCCGAAAACGUGGCAACAGUCUUAGUCAGCAGACUCAUAUGUUGAUCCACAUGGGGACUCUCACAGGUGAGAAGCCUCAUUCUUGUGAAACAUGUGGCAAAAGUUUCAGGCAAUCAGGUAAUUUGCUGGUCCACAAGAGAACUCACACAGGUGAGAAGCCAUAUUCUUGUGAAACAUGUGGGAAAAGUUUCAGGCAACAGAGUCAUUUGUUGGUGCACAUGGGAACUCACACAAGUGAGAAGCCGUUUUCUUGUGAAACAUGUGACAAAUGUUUCAGCCGGAAGAGUUAUUUGUUGGUCCACAUUGGAACUCACACAGGUGAGAAGCUGUUUCCUUGUGAAACAUGUGGCAAAAGUUUCAGGCAUCGGAAUUAUUUGUUGAUGCACAUGAGAAUCCACACAGGUGAGAAGCCAUAUUCUUGUGAAACAUGUGGCAAAAGUUUCAGCCGACAGAGUUAUUUAUCGGCCCACAUGGGAAUUCACACUGGUGAGAAGCCUCAUUCUUGUGAAACAUGUGGCAAAAGUUUCAGGCAUCGGAGUCAUUUGUUGGUCCACAUGAGAAUUCACACUGGUGAGAAGCCGUAUACUUGUGAAACAUGUGGCAAAAGUUUCAGCCGACAGACUCAUUUGUUGGGCCACAUAGGAACUCACACAGGUGAGAAGAAGUUUUCUUGUGAAACCUGUGGAAAAAAUUUCAGCCGACAGAGUAAGAUGUUGAUCCACAUGAGAACUCACACAGGCGAGAAGCCGCAUCCUUGUAAAAUUUGUGGCAAAAGUUUCAGGCGUCGGAGUCAUUUGUUGGUCCACGUAAAAAUUCACACAGGUGAGAAGCCGUAUUCUUGUGAGAUAUGUGGAAAAGGUUUCAGGCAUCGAAAUCGUUUUUUGGUACAUAAGAGAACUCACACAGGUGAGAAACCAUAUGCUUGUGAGACAUGUGGCAAAAGUUUCUGGGAUCGUGGACAAUGUUUGGCCCAUACGAGAACUCACACACGUCGAAAGGCGUAUUCUUGUGAAACGUGUGGCAAAAGUUGCAAGGAUCAGAGUUAUUUAUUGGUCCAUAUGAAAACUCACACAGGUGAGAAGCCAUAUUCUUGUGAAACAUGUGAGAAACGUUUCGUCAGUCGAAGUACUUUGUCACGCCACAGGAGAACACACACAGGUGAGAAGCCGUUUUCUUGUGAGAUAUGUGGCAAAAGUUUCGUCAAUCGAAGUACUUUGUCACGCCACAUGAGAAUUCACACUGGCGACAAGCCGUAUUCUUGUGAAACAUGUGGGAAAAGUUUCAGCGCACAUAGUUCUUUAUUGCGCCACAUGAGAAUUCACACAGGUCAGAAGCCUCAUUCUUGUGAAACAUGUAGCAAAAGUUUUUUUCGACGUUGUGAUUUCUUGGUCCACAUGAGAACUCACACAGGUGAGAAGUCCGAAUCACAAGGAAUUGUCCAGUUUGAAGGAAACCUUACUGAUUCAGACACUGUUUAGACUGUGCUUCAGGAAAAUAUUAACGCCGGGCUCACACUGGAUACGUUGCGGCUCCGGUAUGGAAUUACCGCAGCAGUGCCACUCACACUGCCUCCAGUGGUCUGCAGUCCGCUGAAGGAGGUUGCCAUAUAUGUCGCGCUUUCAGCCAAAACAUGUUAAACCUAUCCAACAAUAGAAAGCAGCCCAAACCUCCAACCCUGUAAGUAAAUGCACAUUAAAACCUUAAAAAAUGUAGUUGCAUAAUUAAAAAAAUCACGUCACAAACGCAUAACCAUUUUAUCAACCCACCUGGCGUGUUCAAAAGAACCCUGAUUUGGCAGAAACCCACCCAAUCUGGCAACACAGAGCCGCUCCGGUCAUAGAGCUGUUUUUUUUGUGUAGUUUUGGUGUUGUUUGACUUUCCUGCAGUGACGAAGUUCAACAUCG